AUGGCUAACGAGAGCCUCCAAUGUGCAUACUCUCAAGAUGAACUCCAAACAGACCGUCUACCGGUGAUGCACCAAUGGAUUAACAGCUUAUGUUAUAUUAUCAUAGCCUUGAUCAUUUUAUUUGCAAAUUCUCUAGUCACUAUCGUCUUGUCAAAACAACAAUAUACCGACCGAAAUAACAACGAGAAUGAUAGUAGGAAAUCAUUUAAUUUACUAAUGAUCAAUUUAUCAGUAGCUGGACUGCUACUUGACGUUUUACUAUUAAUCACACCUGGUUAUAUUAUCCCAUCUUCACAUUAUGAAUUCCCAAAGGGUGAAUUAGGUGAUUUUUUCUGCCGUCUAAUCGACUCAGAAUAUUUUAUACAUAUUUUAUCCUAUACCUCAUUAAUGAUUGUUACAAUAAUCAGCUUUAAAAGAUGGCUAGCUGUGGCUCGACCCCAUAUCUUUCAAUCGUCUGUUAAAAAGUUUAAAGUUCAAAUUGUUAUAACUACUAUCUGGAUUUUACAGCCCUUUCUAUGCAUCGAAUUUGUUUUAGGAGACGCUUUCGUCAAAACAGCCUACCCACCAUGCCGAUGGAAAUAUGUUAUAUGCGAUAGCGUAUUAGCAGAAAGUGUUUUUUUUACCGUCUUGGAAAUAAUACGCUUUUACUUUCCGUCUACUUUGAUCAUUUUACUUACUAGCGAUACAGCUAGGCGGAUGCAAAUCUUUCAAUUUCGCGAAGAUCCAGAAAUGAAUCGCUCUGAUACAAGAUUAUUUAAGAGGAUUGCAGCUACAGCUAUCACAGCCUGGUUGAUGGUUGCUUUAUGUUUGCCCGAUCAACUAUACUUUACGCUGUCAGUAUUCUCCGUAAUACGUCCCUAUCGCUAUAGCAUUCAUAGUAUAGCCCGAAUAUUCUUUAUUACUGGCUCCAGCUGUGCACCAUUUAUGUAUUCCUUAUUCAGUCCUGAAUUCAAAUUGACUAUAAAAAAAAAGUGCCAAAGUCUUCGAUGUAAUCAUAGUUGUCAUCAUAGUAAUCGAAGAAGAGUUACUUUUACUGCUUAG